AAUGGCAUCAGAUAUUCCUGGCUCAGUGGCCUUGCCGGUGGCACCAAUGUCAAGUGGACAAGUGAGAAUGGCAGGAUCCAUGCCUUCCAGAGGAGGAAAGCGCCGCUCUGGGAUGGACUUCGAUGAUGAAGACGGGGAGGGGCCCAGCAAAUUUUCAAGGGAGAAUCAUAGUGAAAUUGAGAGACGCAGAAGAAACAAGAUGACACAGUACAUCACCGAACUGUCUGAUAUGGUCCCCACUUGUAGCGCGUUGGCUCGUAAGCCUGACAAAUUGACGAUUCUUCGGAUGGCUGUUUCACACAUGAAAUCAAUGAGGGGCACUGGGAACAAAUCUACUGAUGGAGCUUACAAGCCUUCAUUUCUUACAGAACAGGAACUGAAACAUCUUAUCCUGGAGGCUGCAGAUGGGUUCCUGUUUGUAGUUGCAGCUGAGACGGGAAGAGUGAUCUAUGUAUCAGAUUCUGUGACUCCUGUGCUGAACCAGCCACAGUCUGAAUGGUUUGGCAGCACUUUGUAUGAACAGGUUCAUCCAGACGACGUGGAAAAGCUGCGAGAGCAACUAUGUACAUCUGAAAACUCUAUGACAGGACGAAUCCUGGACUUGAAGACUGGAACUGUAAAGAAGGAGGGUCAGCAGUCCUCAAUGAGAAUGUGCAUGGGAUCAAGGCGCUCUUUCAUUUGCAGGAUGAGGUGUGGAAAUGCUCCUCUGGAUCAUUUACCUCUGAACAGAAUAACCACCAUGAGAAAAAGAUACAGGAAUGGCCUUGGCCCAGUAAAAGAAGGCGAAGCACAGUAUGCUGUUGUCCAUUGCACUGGCUAUAUCAAGGCUUGGCCACCAGCAGGAAUGACUAUACCAGAAGAAGAUGCUGAUGUGGGACAAGGUAGUAAAUAUUGCCUCGUGGCAAUAGGAAGGCUUCAGGUGACCAGCUCUCCAGUGUGCAUGGACAUGAAUGGCAUGUCGGUCCCCACUGAGUUCUUGUCCAGGCACAAUUCUGAUGGAGUCAUUACCUUCGUCGACCCAAGGUGCAUCAGCGUCAUUGGCUACCAGCCCCAGGAUCUUCUGGGGAAAGAUAUUUUAGAAUUCUGCCAUCCUGAAGAUCAAAGCCAUUUGAGAGAGAGUUUCCAACAGGUUGUGAAACUGAAAGGUCAAGUCCUGUCUGUGAUGUAUCGUUUUCGUACCAAAAACCGGGAAUGGAUGCUGAUCAGAACCAGCAGCUUCACAUUUCAGAAUCCUUACUCUGAUGAGAUUGAAUACAUCAUCUGCACCAACACUAAUGUAAAACAACUGCAGCAACAGCAAGCAGAACUUGAAGUACAUCAAAGAGAUGGGCUGUCAUCCUAUGACUUGUCCCAGGUGCCUGUUCCAAGUAUACCAGCUAAUGUUCAUGAGGGUGGAAAGUCUGUGGAAAAGCCUGAUGCUAUCUUCUCCCAAGAGAGAGAUCCUAGAUUUGCUGAGAUGUUUGCUGGAAUAACUGCUUCAGAUAAAAAAAUGAUGGCCUCAGCAUCCACAGCAGGAAACCAGCAGCUUUACUCACAGGGAAGCCCAUUUCAGCCAGGACAUUCAGGAAAGACUUUCAGUUCGUCUGUGGUACAUGUGCCUGGUGUGAACGACAUCCAGUCUUCUUCAUCAACAGGCCAGAAUCUGACACAGAUAUCUCGCCAGCUAAAUCAGAGUCAGGUUGCCUGGACAGGAAAUCGCCCACCAUUUCCAGGACAGCAAAUUCCAUCUCAGUCUGGCAAGGCUCAGUCAUCUCCCUUUGGGAUUGGAACAAGUCACACCUACCCAGCUGAUCCGUCAUCAUACAGCCCCCUUUCCAGCCCAGCCACCUCUUCUCCGAGUGGGAAUGCCUACUCGAGCUUAGCAAACCGAAGUGCAGGGUUUGCUGAAGGUGGCCAGAGCAGUGGCCAGUUCCAGGGGAGACCUUCUGAAGUCUGGUCCCAGUGGCAGAGCCAGCAUCACAACCAGCAAAGCAGCGACCAGCAUUCGCACCCACAGCCCAGCCAGACCGAGGUGUUCCAGGACAUGCUGCCAAUGCCGGGGGAUCCGACGCAGGGUACUGGCAAUUACAACAUUGAAGAUUUUGCUGACCUGGGCAUGUUUCCACCAUUUUCGGAGUAGCUUGCAAAGCAUGAAGUGAAGUUCUUCUCCAAGGCCAUUUCAAGUGUAAUUUUGGCUCUGCUUUUUCUGUGUUGCAUUUCUGUAGAAGCUACUAAACCAGAAGACGCAUUUCUCAUGUUUUGGAUAGUGGUGUAGGGCUUGCUCUCUCCUCCUUAGGGUGCAUCAGUGCCAACAGAGGAGCUCCAGCACUUGUUAGUGUUCAUU